AUGUCGUCGCGUCCCGGCGAGCGCAUGAUCCACCAGGACUUCAUCGCACGCAUUCGCUAUUCCAAUGCCCUACCUCCGCCUCCGAACCCGCCCAAGCUGCUCGACAUCCCCAACACGGGCCUGUCGAGUGGGCAGUACACCAACCCCAGCUUCGCCUCCCGACUGGCCAGGGAGCAGCCUCUGAACAUUGAGGCCGACGCCGAGCUAGGCAUGCCCCUUGACCUGGUGGGCAUGCCAGGCGUAUUCGACGGAGACGAACGAUGUGAGGCACUCCUCCGACCUCUCACGGCGCUGGGCAAGCGUAAGGUCGCUGAGGCCAACGUGUCCUUUCUCCGACGAACCGAGUACAUCUCAUCACUGACGUCGAAGCGCUUCGAGUCGUCCAACCCCCGGGCGAUGCUGACGGGCGUGCGCAAGCCCGCGCGGCGGUCACCAGAGCGCGCCGCCGACUCUCCCCAGGUCAUCAAGCGCAAGAUAGACCGAAGCUUCGAGCUGGCAGGGGAGGAGUUGGACGAGCGGAACCGCAAGCGCGUGCGGCACCCGUCGCGCAAAGACCUGGAGCUGGUGGAGGCGACCCCCCUGCUGCCCGACCUGGAGGCGUUCCCGGAUUCGGGUGCCUUUGUCACCAUCAAGUUUGGCGUCAACCCCGUGCCCAAGAGCGGAGAGUACGACCGCCGGCUGCUCACCUCGCUCUUCAAGCCCAUUGACCGUACCGAGGCCGAGGACGCCGCCUACGAUGCCGCCCUCGAGGCGCACACCCGCGACCCCGAGCGCUUCCCCCGCCCCCAGAACCUCAUGAACUACGACUUCUUCCUGCCCAGCUCCAAGGCCACGGGCACAAACUUCCGACGCAUGUUCGACGUCGAAGACGACCAGCGCGAGGACCCGACCCUGUACACGCACGAGUCCGGAUCAGGAGGCUGCUUCCAGUUCAACCGCGUCCGUGGCUACGAAACCACCCAGGAGACGGAGCUGGAUCACACUACAAAGUACUCCAACGAGGUGCUCCUCGCUCAGAACGACGGUGGGAGCCGCCAAAAGGCAGUCUACUACUACCCGGUCCUGCAGAAGUCUACCAUCCGACCUCAGCGCAUGAAGAACAUUGCCCGCACCAUCGGCUUCCCCGGCGACGACGAGGAGAAGGUUGUCGAGCGCAUGGACGUCACUGUCGAGGACCCCAACGAGGAGAUGCUCGACGCCAUGAAGAAGUACUCGGAGCAUCCGCUUGGCUGGGAGGGUGAUGAGGAGGAGCACGAACAUGACAACGAUGAUGAGGACAAGCAUCUUCGUGGAAACAGUGAGGAGCCCAGAGAGGCCAGUCCAGAAGAGAGCAAGGAUGCAGAGGGUGAAGAUGAGGAUGAGGACUGA